AUGAGACAUGACCUUCAGAAAUUGCUGAGGGACCGGGGCACAAAUAGUGUCCCUAUUGCCACCUUUUCCUUAUGGAGAUUAGUAAAGGAUGCUUUAUUGACAGACAAAAUAAAAAUCAAAGAACAACUUGCUAAAUGUGAACAGGCCCUAAAUCAGGUACAGGAGGAACAAAUGGCCGAGUCCUUAAAGGAUGAGGGUCCUCUUGAGGACUCGGGCUCGGGGAAUAAGAAACGCCUCCAGAUUUCUAAGCCUGAAAAGGAUCCUGAGGACCUCAGUUCUCUCUCUGAGGAAGAGGAGGGGCAAUGGUGGGCGGUGGCCCGAGCUUGGCCUAUGCCACUGCCAGUUCAUGCUAAUUCUAGUUUUCUCCAUACUCUUUUCUCCACUUCAUGUGACUUGAAUGCACCUUGCCUUGCACCCCGGGGAGAUUCCAUUACUCCUUUUAAUGGGUCCCGUGUAUCCCUUAAGGGAGUUUUUUGCUUUGCCAUGAGCAAAAAUAAUUGCAUCUCCCUCCGAGUUAAAAAUGUGACUGUCUGGGAAGAUCCCAUGCAGUCAAGCAAGGUGUCAGAUGGCAUGCUUUUAGCUGCGCUCACACAAGUAAGCCAGGGGAUGCAAAGUGGCUCGGGUGACACCUCUAAUGGAACCCUAAAUAUUACUACCCUAAUGACAACUUCGGAGAUAAUAGUACCCAUAACACCAAAAAAUAAGACCCCUAAUGCUACCCGUUUCCGAGCCUCUCCCCUAUGCACUCCUAAUAAAGAAUUCCCUCCAAUCUUUACGUCCUGUCAGGGCUUGUCUUGGGACAAACUUCAGAUUGCUGAUGGAUUCUCCCUUUCUCCCUCUUUAAAGAGGUUUGUUCUUAACUCCUCUAGUGGUAAUUCUUCGGUUGGAGAUGGCUGGCCUUGGUUUCAAUGGCUGGUGGCAAAUGAACGGGGAACCACAGCAGAUAUUUCUGCAGUGGCACAAUUUCUGGGAACCCGGGACUGGCUUCAUAAUGUUUCUGGGUCCAUCACUGAGACUCACAAUGGCCGGCGCUUCACACCUCGUUCUUAUAACUCCUUAUUUACUAAUUCCUCUCUGCCUCCUGCCCCAGUUUGCCUCCAGUCCCCUUUCCUGUUUCUGCUGGCUAAUGACUCCACCAAAGAUUUUUUAGACUGUUCUAAUGUCACCUGUUACCUGGCCGAAU